CAAACAAAGGAUAACCAAAAUGCAUUCACAUCACAGAGAGAAAUCCAAAAUAAUGGAAACUUGCGGUGAAAAAAAAAGGGCUUGGUCUUCGGAAGAAGACGACAUCCUCAUGAAAUACGUUGAAGUCCAUGGAGAAGGAAAUUGGAGUGACCUUCCCAGAAGAGCUGGCUUGAACCGAUGUGGUAAAUGUUGCAAAGUGCGAUGGCUGAACUAUCUGAAGCCAGCAAUCGAUAGAAGAAACAUUUCUUCUGAUGAAGAAGAGCUCAUAAUUAAACUGCAUAAGCUCCUGGGGAAUAGAUGGUCUAUCAUUGCAGGACGAUUACCAGGACGCACCGAAACUGAGAUCGAAAACUUUUGGAAUAUUUAUUUGAGCAAGAAAGUAGAAGAGAUGCAGGAAAACAACAAAUUCCCAAGCACAACUACAACCACAAAUUCUAGUGUUCAAUCUCCCAAUUGCACCAAAAGCUCCUUGGAUUUUUAUCCUUCAGAAUUUUCCCACCCGGUGAUUAAACCAAAAGCCGUGAGGUUAACCAAGCCUAUCAUGCCAACACAAAUUGGCUGGGAUAACCAGAACCUUUAUAACUAAGAUCACCAAUUUAGAUGCAGCUUUUUCAGUGGUUUUAAUGUUAUUUACUGUUCCUUUCGUUUUUGGAAAACAAUCCUUCUGUGGUUUUAGAACUAAAAAAUGCACUCAAGUGUCUUGUUU